AGUAAUUGAAUCAAACAAUUAGAAAUCCGAAUUAACAUAUUAUAUGAACAAUGACUGAUUAAUUAUGUCUCCUUAAGAUACUUUUCUUGUAGUAAACUGGAAAAUUAGAAUAAAUUUGUUCGAGGAUUAUUACGUAUGUGAUUUGUUUUUGAUUCAGGGCCUGUGAAACAUUUCAGUCACAGUGGAAAAUGAUCCUGAAAAUAAUCAAGAAUGAGUUGAGCCUGGUAUUGCAGCUUACAAUCAGAAUUAUUCUUAUUACCAAACACGGUAUAAUCUGGCUAUUAACGAAUUUAAGGAGUGGCAUGUCCAAUAGCAUGACUUGUUUAAAUGGAAAAACUGCCAUCGUCACUGGUGGAAACUCGGGUGUGGGAUACAUGACUACUAUGUUACUUGCAUCCAGGGGUUGUAAAGUUAUUAUUGCUUGUCGAAGAAAUGCAAAAAAGGAGGUGGAAGAAAUAAAAAAAAAGACAAAUAAUCCGAAUAUAACAUUCACACACUUGGAUUUGUGUGAAUUUGCUUCAGUUCGACAGUUCGCAGAAAAUAUAAAGAAGGAAGAAUCGAAAAUAGAUAUUUUAAUCAACAAUGCAGGUAUUGGCUGUAGUGAUCAAAAGCUAACUAAAGAUGGGCUUGACGCAGUGAUGCAGGCAAAUUAUUUAGGUCACUUUCUGCUGACACAUCUGCUGAUAGAUCUUUUGAAAGCAGCCGACGAAGGCAGAAUUGCCUUUUUGACAUCAGGAUUGUCAGCUGUACACAAUAUCAGCGUGAAUAAACUGUACCCAUCAACAUCUCGAAUAGUGGAUACUUUCAUCGAAGCCUAUUGUAAUUCGAAGGCAUGCAAUGUUUUGGUUGUCCAUGAAAUGGCUAAGAAAUUGGGUAAAUAUGGCAUCAAGGUUAAUGCUGCUGAUCCUGGUCUAGUUGUCACUCCCAUAUAUGACAGUCUGAAGGGACCAGAAAAAGGGAAACUUUGCGUAGGAAUGGUUUUCAAAACAGUUUUUCCACUCCUGGCAUCAGAUUUGUUCAAAGCUGCUCAAACCCCUUUUCAUGUGGUCACAAGUAAGGAUAUAGUGACUGGCAGUCAUUACUUCAAAUGUGUUGCUAUGCCUAAACUGAGAGGAUUGGACGACAAACAGUUUUGUGAAAAAAUUUGGCAAGAAUCAGAGAGAAUAGUCCGACUUCAACCAGAAGAAAGUCUAUGAAAGAAUAGUUUAAAUUUGCUAGAUAACAAAGGAUACUGUUAUAUUUCUCCUUAACUGAAAUGAAUUAUUUUUGUAUUAAAUGCGAUAAUAAAAAAUUUUGUGAUGA